UGACCCGGAAGUUUCUCAGCGAGCGAGCAGGCGGCUUCCUGUGAGAGCGGAGACCUGGGCACCAUCUAAAGAUGUCGGACGAUGAAGGAGCCCCCGUCGUGAAGAGAUCCCGUAUCUUUUACGGCAGUUUAGCAGACAAAGAAAAGGAGCGUCUGGCGAAGGGCGAGACCCCGAUGGGGAGGACGGCGGUGAAGGCCGGAAUCGAGGCCGGGAACAUUAACGUGAGCAGCGGGGAGUCGUUUGAUCUCGAGGAUCAUAUCAGCGAGCGGCAGGCGGAGGUGCUCGCGGAGUUUGAGCGCAGAAAGCGAGCGCGACAGAUAAAUGUGUCCACCGACGACUCAGAGGUGAAGGCGUGUCUAAGAGCCCUCGGGGAGCCAAUCACGCUCUUCGGGGAGGGGCCUGCUGAAAGGAGAGAGAGGCUGAGAAACGUUCUGUCUGUUGUGGGGACAGACGCCUUAAAAAAGACAAAGAAAGAUGAAGAGAAAAGCAAGAAACCGAGCGACGAGUAUCAGCAGACCUGGUACCACGAAGGUCCGAAUUCACUGAAAGCAGCCCGGCUGUGGAUCGCACACUACUCCCUCCCGCGGGCUUUGAAACGUCUGGAGGCUGCGCGAGAAUUUCGCCACAUCCCAGAAUCCACCAGGACGUCCCAGUUACAGGACCUUCACAAGUCGCUGGGGUCCUUGAAUAAUUUCUGCAGCCAAAUUGGAGAUGAUCGCCCGCUCUCGUUCUGCCAUUUGAGUCCCAAUUCCAAGCUUUUGGCCACGGCUGGCUGGAGCGGACUCUGUAAAUUGUGGUCGGUGCCCGACUGUAACCCCAUCCGGACCCUGAGAGGACACAAUACAAACGUGGGAGCCAUCGUGUUCCACCCAAAGUCCACCAUCUCCAUUGAUGAGAAAGACGUGAAUCUGGUCUCCUGUGCGGCUGAUGGCUCUGUGAAGCUGUGGAACCUGGAAAGCGAUGAGCCGGUGGCAGACAUAGAAGGCCACUCCAUGAGGGUAGCAAGAGUCACGUGGCACCCGUCCGGCCGCUUCCUGGGAACCACGUGUUAUGACCGAUCCUGGAGACUCUGGGACCUGGAAGCCCAAGAGGAGAUUCUACACCAGGAGGGACACAGCAAAGGGGUGUACGACAUUGCCUUCCAUGUGGACGGGUCGCUUGCCGGUACCGGGGGCUUGGAUGCCUUUGGCAGAAUAUGGGACCUACGGACUGGCCGCUGCAUAAUGUUUCUCGAAGGUCAUCUGAAGGAGAUCUAUGGAGUCAGCUUCUCGCCCAACGGGUACCACGUGGCUACAGGCAGCGGUGACAAUACAUGUAAGGUUUGGGAUCUACGUCAGCGUCGCUGUAUAUACACCAUCGCGGCUCACCAGAACCUGGUCAGCUCCGUCAAGUUCCAGCCCACCAAUGGGAACUACCUGCUGACCGGAGCUUACGACAACGCCGCUAAAGUGUGGACGCAUCCGCUGUGGUCUCCUUUAAAGACGUUGGCGGGCCACGAGGGCAAAGUGAUGGGGCUGGACAUUUCAUCGGACGGCGAACUCAUAGCCACGUGCUCGUACGACAGGACUUUCAAGCUCUGGAUGGCAGAGUAAGAACCCCUCGGCAGGCUCCGUCCUUAAUGUUCACUGGAAGGAAUUAGGACAGCGAGAUUCACCUCAACCCUUAAUGGACCCUAAAAAAAAAAACAUACGUGAGAUUUACCCGCGUUCCCCGUGGAGGGGGUGGGGUUGGCAGCGAGCCGGAUCACCGGAUGCCUCCUGCCGAGUCUGUUUUUAUACAUAGGUUUUGUUGUUUGGCCUCAUUAAAAAUUAUUUUUCGUAAAAGAA